AUGAGGUCUCCCUGCCUUCUGCUCCUGCUCGCCUGCUUCCUCCUCGGCCAGAUCACCCCCGGGGCCGGCCUCACGGGGCUGGGACACAGGUCUGACCAUUACCUGUGCGUGAAGAACGGUGGCUUCUGUCUCUAUUCCGAAUGCCCGAAGAACACCAAAGUCGAGGGCAGCUGCUACAACAAGAUGGCCAACUGCUGCAAAUAGACUGGGAGGCCGGGCGGAGGGGGCCCGGAAA